AUGCAAAAUAAUCAUAUCCCUACAAUUAUAAUUAUUGGUGCAGGACCUGGUGGACUAUUACUUUAUCAUGGAAUUCAGAAACGUUUGAAUAAAAAUGGGGAAAAAUUUAACGUAAAAAUAUUUGAGCGAGAUACAGGUCCACGUGAUCGAUGGCAAGGAUUUUCUGUGUUCAUUAACUCUCAUGGAAUGAGAUCAUUAAUGUCUUGUCUUCCGGAGUCUCUUGUAACUCGUCUUCCCGAAGUUAUUCCAAUUCCAAUCUCCGAAAAAGAAAGCCGUGAGAUAUUAUUGAUCGAUGAUAAAGGAACCGAAUUAUUAAGAGUGGACUCAGCAAAAGUUAAUUAUUUAUUUGAACUUGCAAAUUUGUCUAAUUCUAACGCUUAUGCUUUUAGAGAUAGAUUAAGGGAUUUGAUGUUAGAAGGAGUGAAUAUACAAUGGGGAAAGAAAUGUAUUGGAUACGAUGAAGUCAACGAUGAAGUUUGGGCAAUCUUUGAAGACGGAACGAGAGAAAGGGGGGAUAUAUUGAUCGGAUGCGAUGGAAUUCAUUCUCCAAUCGGAAACAAAGAUUACCAUAUUUACGAAUAUUUGAUUAUGGAAUUACACAAAUUGUCAUGA